AUGUCUCGGGAAAUGAAGAAAAACAUAAUUGAACAUCUGGAAGGGUUAAAAUUAUCAUUCAAAAAAUACUUUUCCAAACCUGAAAAAGAAAACAAUUGGAUUUCAAAUCCUUUUAAUGAAGAAUUCUUUCAAGAAGCUACAUCUUUAUCUAUCGUAGAAAAAGAAAACUUGAUAGAACUUUCAUGUGACACAACUUUAAAAAAUGAGUUCAAAAGAAAACAACUUAUUAAUUUUUGGGUAGAUAUUAGAAACGAAUAUAAGCGACUCUCUGACAAGGCAAUUGAGUUCCUAUUGCCAUUUAUUAGUACGGAGUUGGUCGAAAGAGCGUUUUCUUCAUAUAUUUUUAUUAAAAAUAAGUAUAGAAAUAAACUAAACGCAGCUCCAGAUUUAAGAUUAUAUCUCGCAUCAUUUGAACCUGACAUUAAAAAACUAUGUAAUUUGAAACAAGGUCAAGGAUCUCACUAA